GUACACUCUGUUUAGUCGCCUGCCUCCGUCCAAAGGAUUAGUAGCAGUGGGGAGUGAUGCUGUUUCUCCUUUCCUCUGCAGCUCAAGGGAGGUGAAGGAGCUCUGGCUGGACUCACUCCUUGGGCAAGCAAAAGGACUGAAGGAAACCAGAGUGUCCAGAGCGCCUCCAAYCAAACUCCUAAUGAAAGUUUUAAGCAGCUGUAAUACUUCAAAGACGCUAAAUGCUGGGAACAUGGAGAGUCUGAUUGAGUGCCAGACAGAGGCUGAUUCCAAGAAAUGUCCCCCKUCAGUCCCAGCAGAUAAUGAAGACAAACUUUGCCUCUCAAACGCAGAUGGAACAAAGAAAAGAAAGAAGGUGAUAUCGCAGUCAUUUACUCUGAGACGAAGCCUUACCAAAAGAAAUUCCUCAGGGCAACUAGACUUGGGUGCCAAAAUCACUUUGUUUGGCCAGCCUCUGUCACUUAUCUGUGGGGAAGAUGACACACUGCCCCAGCCAGUCCAGGAUCUGCUAGCCAUAUUGUAUAUGAAAGGACCUUCUACUGAAGGGAUAUUCAGAAAAGCUGCCAAUGAGAAAGCACGAAAGGAGUUGAAGGAGGACCUAAACAAAGGCGGCAACGUUGAUUUGAAAAGCAAGUCUGUGCACCUGCUGGCAGUGGUUUUGAAGGACUUUCUCCGAAAUAUUCCCUCCAAACUCCUGUCAGUUGACUUCUAUGAGAAAUGGAUGCAAGCUCUAGAGAAGCCAAGCAAGCAAGAAAAAAUUGAAGAAUUGAAAGAGGUGGCUGACAAGCUGCCGAGACCAAACCUCGUCCUGCUCAAGCACUUGCUCUCAUUGCUGCACCACAUCAGCCAAAAUGCUGAGACCAGCAGGAUGGACUCCAGCAACCUGGCCAUCUGCAUUGGCCCAAAUCUGCUGAGCCCAGGGACGGACAACGUUCUCCCGCUGGAAGUGCAGAAGGAGAUGAAUGAGAAGGUGACGGUGUUGGUGGAGUUCCUCAUAAACAACUGCUUGGAAAUAUUUGAGGAGGACACUGCCUUCCCUGCUUGUGCCUUGGCUGAGGAGUCACCAGAGCACACAGACAGCUCCACAGAACAACUCUGUGCAGCUCAUCAGAAUGACUCUGCCUAUGACAGCCCAGAUGCYGAGGCAGAAGGCAGCCCCUACAAUUCUGUGAUGGAGCAGGCCAAAGGGAAGAGUGCUACUGUGAGCAGAGGAUAUCUAACACACAUCCCUUCCCAUUCACUGACUAAUUUCAGAAAUGACAUCAGCAUAAUGGACAGAAGAUACUCGGAGUCAGACCUGUCCUUCCAGAAACACCUUGAUGACACUAUAAGGAAACAGAAAYUAAACAAAAGUGAGGACAAUUUUCCAGUUCAGCAGAAACAGCUGUGGUGGGAGGCACUGGAGAAACGUCUUGCAGCCUUACCUUCACAAUUAUCAACUGACUCUCUGCCAAAAACAUCCUCCAACUGCUCCCUGGAGAGCUCAGAUGGCUCGGUUUUCACCAGCUCCCCAGUAGUUUCGCCCUCUAGUCCCAGAAAAACCUUUUUAAAUAGGCCUCACUCCUUUUCCACCAAGGCCACUGAAGACUGCAGCAUACCUAGCAGAGAGAUCAAAAAACAUUCCAUGUCAUUCUCUUUUGCAAACKGCAGGAAAACACUGAUAAAACCCCAGAGUUGGGGGCCUGGAAAACCCAUGUUUUUUCAGAGGGACAGUUUCACAAAGAAAGAAGAUCUGUUCUCCUGCAGAAUUGUCCAGGAAGACCAUCAUAAUGAUGACAAACCAUCACAUGUGGAGUAUCAGCAAAGGCUCCGUUUCAGAUCAGUUGAUGAAGUGUUCAGGGAGGUAGAUCAGAGGAAACCUGGAAGACCACCCUCCUAUGAAGAGGCUGUCAAAAACUGUCUGGCCACUAAAGUUUCCUUCCAUGAUCUCACAGUUCAAACUAUGAGAUUAGCGGUGUCAAACCAGGAUGCUUUGCUGCCUCGUCCGAGCAGCCACAGUGCACAAGACACAGCACAUAUGGAUCUACCCAGCRCCAGAGUUUCUGCAACAAAGGGUUCUGACAUGGAAACUAGAACCUUCAGUGUCACUGUGGGAGUAAACUCCAGUGUGAGUUUACCCGUGACCCCAGGAGUCUUCCGGAUGAGAGCCAUGUCUGAGUCCUGUCAAAAGAACAARCUCAAGUAUGUGGCUCAGAGGUGCAGCCAGCCAGCUUUUGAGGUAGAGCAGAUCCARUAUGCUAAGGAGUCCUAUGUUUGAAAAGUCUAUCCUUUCUCUUUGCACUGUACAGAGCAAAUAUUGUAAAAACAGAYAUCUUGCUAGUCAUUUGUUAGUCARACUUUSAAGAGACRAAGAAUAAGCUAGCUCUGCAUGAACUUUUUAUCUGAAGUGUCUGUCAGCUUGACACAUCACAACCUUUCACCACAACAGUUGUUGCUGGUGAAGACCUGUGUAUUAUUAUGUAAAAAUGUGAGUAUGCUGUACAUAACCUGCUUUGUGGGAAGAGUAGUUAGUGGAUGAUAAACAGUGUUGUAUUUGUAUUCCUGAAAUGACAAUUAAAAGGUUGACAGGUCCAAAACCUUCUGGCAGGUCUCAACUUCUUUUUGUUUUCUGUAUGGUCACAGACCCUGUCCAUUUGUCAUGUGUGUGAGCCAGGCUGAUGCAGUGCUUUGCURAUUUUCUGCAUUGAAAAGUAGGCUGGCAGUUACCCUUUGGGGGAAGAGCUGUUCUGUCAUCUAGCCCACUUCAGCUCUCUUCCAUAAACACCCUGUACCUGCUGCCAUUCCAUCUUCCUGUUUGCUGAUGAUGAGAAUGAUCGGACCACUAAUUGGCAUUUGUGUUGUACACUGAGCCUUGGGUUAGGUUUGCUUAUAAGAGGAGAACAACAAAACAAACAAGAAAAACUCCUGCAAUUAAACAUUCUGAAUUGCAGCUCUAAAUAGUUAAAGCUCAUUUAAAAAAAAAAAGACAAAAAAAAUACUAGGUGGUAGGUUUAUAACCUUGUAAAAAAUGACUGGAAGUGCAAUGUGUUUUUAUGGCUCAGCAUAGCCUUAAACCAGGAGCAGUGAGACUUUUUUCUCCUGUGUAACUUCACUACAAUAAAACAUUUUCUGCACGAGUACUUAACUGUCCAUUGUUUGUUUUUAAAACAUCCAGGCCCUAUACAUACUGUAUCUACUUUUAUACAAUUCUACAGGUACUGCARGCCUGCUUGAAUGGUAUGGCAUAGCUGAGUAGCAUGAAGCUGUGUAAAUGAGUAAAAAAUUAAAUGACCAGCAAUAMCUCUGCUAUUGUUGUAAGAAGCUGCAGGCUACAAAUCCCUGUCUGUCAGGAAAACAACAUACACUGCCAUGUAAUAGCAGUUAAGCUGCAAAGAGGUGAUGCAA